CCGAGCUGAGAACAUCAUCCGCUUUGAGCGCUUAGGCGCAGUGAUUACAUCCUCGUAGAGAAAGAUAGGGAGAAAGUCGUGUUAUUCGCCAGGCUUUCUUUAGUUAUAUUUGUUGCUGAUUUCGGUUGUGCAUAAAUAGGACUUUUUGCGUUCUUUCUCUGCUGGUGUGGAAUUUCCUGUUUUGUUUUGUGACUUUUUUUCUGUGAAGAAGGGGCAGUCUGUUCUGUGCAGAGGCUAUGAGUUGGCUAUGCGUCCUGGCUCCAGCCUGCAAUGUUUGCGCUGACGCCAAAACUCACAGACCGGUGCUGAAUUGAUUAAAACAGAGAAGCUCGGAUCAAAUGGCUGUGCUUCUCACAGCUGAAACGACACAAUGUUCCACUGACCUGAGGCAGAGGAGAGGAAUUUCAAAGUCGUGCAGCCUUGUUGCUGUUUAUUUCACUGCCCUUUUACGGACAGAGAAAAUGGGAAAUGCUCAUUUCUUGUGAGAAGAGGGAAUAACAUUUAUUUUUUUUCCGUUUUGAAGUGCACUUGGACAGAGGCAGAGGAGAUGAUUUGGUUAAUAUUCCUGCUCUCCACUCUGGAUGGAGCUGCCUCUCAGCUACGCUACACCGUGCCAGAGGAGCAGGAACCGGGCUCUGUGGUUGGGAAUAUUGCAGAGGAUUUGGGGCUGGACAUUACCAAACUUUCCGCUCGCCACUUUCAGACUGUGCCUAGUUCACGGACACCUUAUCUGGAGGUGAACUUAGAGAACGGUGCGCUCGUGGUGAAGGAAAAAAUUGACCGGGAACAAAUUUGUAAGCAGACCACCCAGUGCCUAUUGCACCUGGAGGUGUUUCUGGAAAAUCCAUUGGAGCUCUUUCGCGUGGAGAUUGAGGUGAUGGAUAUCAACGACAAUCCACCCAGAUUUCCUGAAACAGACAUUUCUGUGGAAAUCUCGGAAAGCGCUAUUCCCGGGACCCGUUUCCCGGUGGAGAACGCCUUCGACCCUGACGUUGGCACAAACGCGCUCAGUACAUAUGCCAUAACGAAUAACAACUAUUUUUACCUUGACGUGCAAACACAGAGCGACGGGAACAAGUUUGCGGAGCUGGUAUUGGAGAAACCGCUGGACAGAGAGCAGCAGGCAGUGCACCGCUAUGUGCUGACGGCUGUGGAUGGGGGCAUCCCGCAGCGGACCGGGACGGCUCUCUUGGUCGUUAAAGUUCUGGACUCUAACGACAACGCGCCCACGUUUGACCAGUCCGUGUACACGGUUAAUCUGCGGGAAAACUCACCCGUGGGCACUCUCGUGAUUCAGCUCAAUGCUACUGAUGUUGAUGAGGGACAAAACGGAGAGAUCGUUUAUUCUUUCAGCAAUCAUAACACACCGCGGAUAAAGGAAUUAUUCAACAUUGAUGCCAGAACGGGUAGGAUAGAGGUAGCGGGUGAGGUGGACUAUGAAGAGAGCGUCACGCACCAGAUCUAUGUUCAGGCUAAAGAUCUGGGAGCUAAUGCGGUCCCCGCGCACUGCAAAGUGCUUGUCAAACUCGUGGACGUGAACGACAACACACCAGAGAUCGGUUUCAGCACUGUGACUGAAUCUGUGAGCGAGCAGGACGCCCCGGGCACCGUGAUCGCACUUUUUAGCGUCUCGGACAGGGAUUCUGAUGAGAAUGGACAAAUGAGCUGUGAAAUUUUAGGGGAUGUUCCUUUUAAGCUGAAAUCUUCCUUUAAAAACUAUUACACCAUUGUGACAGACGGACCGUUGGACAGAGAGAACACAGAUUCAUACACCAUAACCGUGGUGGCUAAAGACAAAGGUCAGCCUUCCCUGGCUACCAGCAAGUCAAUUAAGGUGCACGUCUCCGACGAGAAUGACAACGCGCCCCGAUUUACGCAGGCUGUUUAUGAUGUAUAUGUGACUGAGAAUAACGUGCCCGGUGCUUUCAUUCACGCCGUGAGCGCUUUGGACCCCGAUGUAGGACAAAAUGCUCUUAUUACCUACUCCAUAUUGGAGUGUGACAUACAGGGCAUGUCCGUGGACACGUAUGUGUCAAUAAAUCAGGACACUGGCUACCUUUACGCACUACGCUCUUUUGAUUACGAGCAGCUGAAGGAGUUCAGUUUCAUGGUCCAGGCUAAGGACUCAGGUGCUCCCGAGCUCUUCUCUAACGCUACUGUAAAUGUGAUCAUAGUUGACCAAAAUGACAACGCUCCUACUGUGAUAGCCCCUAUCGGCAAAAACGGCACAGCCAAAGAGCACCUGCCACGCUCUGCGGAGCCAGGCUAUCUAGUGACGCGCAUUGUGGCCAUGGAUGCAGAUGAUGGCGAGAACGCACGCCUGUCAUAUAGCAUCCUACGGGGCAACGAGAUGGGAAUGUUCCGCAUGGACUGGAGGACAGGGGAACUACGAACAGCCCGCAGGAUAUCUCCCAAACGGGAUCCCCAGGGCUACUAUGACCUGCUGAUCGAAGUGAGGGACCACGGGCAGCCACCUCUGUCCUCCUCUGCCAGUGUGAGUGUAAUUUUGGUGGACAGCGUGAAUGAAGGCCGCGGUGUCGAUCGCGGCUCAGCUUCCAAGACAAAAGAGACCUCCCUUGACCUCACCCUAAUUCUCAUCAUUGCCCUGGGCUCUGUUUCUUUUAUCUUCCUACUGGCCAUGAUCGUGCUGGCCGUGCGCUGCCAAAAGGACAAGAAGCUCAACAUAUACACGUGCCUGCUUGCUGGUGACUGCUGCCUGUGCUGUGGCUCGUGCUGCAGCAGGCAGGCUCGUGGCCGGAAACAGAAAAAGCUAAGUAAAUCCGACAUCAUGUUAGUUCAGAGCACCAAUGUAACGUCAGGAGUCGGGCCCGUGGGGCAGGUGCCCGUGGAGGAGUCUGGUGUAGGCGGCGUAGGAGGGGGGUUCGGCUCCCACCAUCACCAAAACCAGAAUUCCUACUGCUACCAGGUGUGUCUGACACCGGAAUCUGCCAAAACGGAUCUGAUGUUUCUGAAACCAUGCAGCCCCUCUCGCAGCACUGACACAGAUCACACCAACCCCUGCGGCGCCAUAGUCACUGGUUACAGUGACCAACAGCCGGACAUCAUAUCUAAUGGCAGUAUCCUGUCUAAUGAGACAAAACACCAACGAGCAGAACUCAGCUAUCUUGUGGACAGACCCAGACGUGUCAACAGUUCGGCAUUUCAAGAAGCAGAUAUUGUUAGCUCCAAAGACAGUGGUCAUGGUGACAGCGAACAGGGUGACAGUGACCACGAUGCCACAAACCGGGGUCAUUCAGCCGGCACUGACCUGUUCUCCAACUGUACAGAAGAGUGCAAGGCCCUGGGUCACUCUGACCGCUGCUGGAUGCCAUCCUUUGUGCCAUCAGAUGGGCGUCAGGGGCCGGACUACCGUAGCAAUCUGCAUGUCCCCGGCAUGGAUGCCACACUGCCCGACACUGAGGUACCCUCCUCUGUCAACCUCUCCGACCAACUCACCAUGACCUCGUCCACUGCCUCGUCCAACGAUAGGUCAUUCUCCACCUUUGGCAAGGACGGCCAAAGGUCACAGUCACACCACAGCCUUCACCAUCAUCUCCAUCAGCAGCAACAGCAGUACAGCUCCAGCACGCUAGAGAGGAAAGAGUAUGAUAGGGGGACCCUACCAUACAAACCCACCUUUCUCUGUGAGUAUCAGUAUGAAAGGUCCCUGGGACCCUAUGACUUUGGUCUGGUCCAGUACAGAUACUAAAGGAGGGGACAAUGAAUCUGCCUCUUGAUUCUGAUCUGGACUUUUUUAAUGAUGUUCAUCAACUUUUAUUUCUUCUUUUAUUAAGGAGUUUAAAAUUACGGCUUUAUCUUUUGUUGUAUCGUUAUGUUAAGUUUUUUGAUUUUGUUUUUUUUGUAAAUUAUCAUUAAUUUUAUCAAUUGUAAAAUGCAAACUAUUUCUAACUGUCCUUCUCCAAAAGACACUUAAAUUUUUAAUCCAACCUCACCCUAACCCUAAAUGCUGCUUGUAAUUAUGUGACUUAUUCUAAAAUAAUAAUAAAAAAAAUGAAUUGGACUUGUGUUAAUUUGCUGUUGCCCCGUUCUUUUUCCUUUUCUCCAAAUUCUCCCCUCAAAAUCCUUUUUAUCUGAUGCUCAUAUAAGUAAAGGUUGUCAAAACAAGCACACGUCAUGUUUCCACAUAUCUACAUUGUGUGAUUGGAGCACGCAAAGAGCAAACAAAAGACAGAUCAUCUCAUGAUGUAGAGGACAUCUUUUUCCAUUUGCUCAACAUUGGUUUUGCUCGAGCAUGAUGACUUCCCUACUGAAUAGCUCAAAAGGUGAAACACAACCCACGCUGCUGCUUCUUCUUCACAAGGACUGAAGUCCAUUUUGUUCUACAAAGGAACUGUUGAGUAUCUAUACUUGCUUGCUUGUGGAUCAAUACAUGACAUAAAGAAGAGUGGGUGAGAUGGGCUGUCAACAAUGAGGUCAAAAUAUUUCAGUUGGCAAUGUCACGUACACAAGUUUUCUGCAAGAAGGCAGGAAACUAUUGCAGUAUAAAGUAAGUUUAAUUUGGCAAAAGAAACAUAUUGAUAAUCACUGAAUCACUAAAAUUGAGACUUCAGUUUCCAGUUUGCAUUUCUAAGGAAAGCAAGGGAAAAAAAAGGAUGGCUGGACACUUCUUAGCACCUUCAAUUGCUUUCCAGGCUCCCACAUUACAUGAAUAUUCUAUUAGCUCUAAGAGUAGAGAAUGGAUUCGAUAUACACAUUCAGUAGAGAAGUCAUUUCCAGUCAAGUCACCAUCAUGUUAACCACCACCCUCCAUGAUACUGCAUGCUGACUGUGGGCUGUCUCUCAGGUAAACGAUGAGCACCAUAACCUGCUUUUUUCUUGUUUGUGACUUAACAGAGGCAAGCAAUCUUCUUCUUGCACAUCAGGUCUGUGUGAAAAAUAAUUGGUAUUUAGCCUUUAGGUGCUAGAGCUUGUUUUGCUCCAAAUAUAGCUGCCUGUGCGUCUGCUCAUCUCGUCUGCCUUGCAGGGUUAGGAUAAAUGUGCUCCAUAUUCGCUCAGUCCAAAACUCACAACUUUAUUUUAUUUCAAUUUACUUUUUUGAUGUUACCUCCAUUUUUUCUUAUCAGUUGAAAUAAAUGGACCCGCUGUGCCACAGCAAAGGUUUUGCUGUUCAUCAUUCUGUAAGAAAAUAGGCUAUCAGAAUAGUCCCAGAAGCUGAGACUUUAUUAAACAAUAGGCAAUAUGUUCUACUUUUAAAAAUAGCAUCUUAUGCUGCUAUGGCAAUACUCUGAUCACCAGGGUUGUCUUGAUAAAGGAUUUAUAAAUGUUUAAUGAUCCAUUUAUAGAUAAUUAAUGAAUCAAUUAGUGCUCUGUGUAUUUUCUACGCAUACAUCAUGUAGCCACCAAAUUUUGGAGCAUUUAUCUUCACUGAUAGACAUGUUUUUACCCAAUUCCCAAAUUAGUUUUACAAUUAUGCUGUGAGAACCAGCCUCUAGGGUGUAUAAAUAACUUCACAGAGAGUCCUUUGUGGCACGUAUCCUUCAAGAGAUGGUAUUUCGAGCCGCCUGUGUCACUAAAAAGCCUCGAGGGAAAGGGUGUCUUUUGUCUUAACGAGUGUGUUCUCUGU